AUGGAGGGCAUCCAGGCGGCGCUUGAGAAGGUUCGCCUGAUCGGUACUGGCAAUAGCACAGAGAAUCCAGGCUGGGUAGACUCACUCCUAAAAGAACAACGCCCACACAAACGACUGAGAAAAACCCAAGAAGCUGUGAAGCAAGAACUCGAACAAGAGUUCCUUACGCCGUCAGCCUCGUUUAACACGCAAUGGCUGAAUCGGUUACAGCAGCGCUGGGAUGCUCCGACCGAUUACCGUGGCCUUUUUGACAUCGCACCAAGCCAGACUCGCACCAUCAUCCGUUUCACUCGGGAGGGACUUGAAGGCCGGGUAACAGGAUAUAAAGAGGUCACAGUACCAGCAAGUUCCGCUACUGCCAAGAACUCCACUUCACUUCUAAGGAAGCCCGCCAACAGGGCGGAGUUUGUCCGCGGCGCAUCCGGCUUUUUUCCUUUUGCUCCAGGUGGACUCGACGGAGUAGAGACUAUCGCGGCCAUCGAGGACGAGGCCAUUCUACGUCAAGAGAACGCCAAGGCUAAGAAUUCCAGUGGCCUAGACAGGGUCAUUGACUUUAGUGCUGAAGCUGGCCUCCUGGAAAUCCCUCCAGGAUUUAGUAGAGGUCUUGAUUUUAACAAGAAGGCUGCUGUAAACCUAAAGGCUGCUGAAGAAGUCGAGAAAACAUUGGGAGAGGAGUCAGCUUCAGCCGCGAACGAAAAAGCUGUCGAAGAUGAUGGGAUUGAUGACAAAGCGAUGAACAGCCAUGUGUUACUCGACAAGGGUGAAGCGCAAGGUGAUGACGAAAUCGAUUCUUUACUUCCAGUUGAGUUCCCUGCCUUAGCUCCCCAUGGGCCUCUUGCAUUGGCUUCUACCAGGCAAGGUACAAAAGAGUGGGCCCACAUGGUCGACGUGAACCGUGAGAUUACGAACUUCGGUGAGCUUGUUCCUGAAAUGGCGCGGCAAUGGCCAUUUGAAUUGGAUACUUUUCAAAAGGAAGCCGUUUACCAUCUUGAGCACGGCGACUCGGUCUUUGUCGCGGCGCAUACAUCUGCAGGCAAAACUGUCGUUGCAGAAUACGCUAUUGCAUUAGCAGCGAAACAUAUGACCAAGGCCAUCUACACUUCACCGAUCAAAGCUCUUAGCAACCAGAAAUUCCGUGACUUUCGCCUUACGUUUGACGAUGUUGGCAUCCUUACCGGAGAUGUGCAGAUCCGGCCGGAAGCCAGCUGUCUGAUUAUGACCACUGAGAUUCUUCGAAGCAUGCUAUAUCGCGGAGCUGAUCUUAUCAGAGACGUUGAGUUUGUCAUAUUCGACGAAGUCCACUACGUCAACGACCUUGAGCGAGGCGUAGUGUGGGAGGAAGUUAUCAUCAUGCUUCCAGAGCACGCCACGCUCAUACUGCUGUCGGCGACAGUGCCAAACACUUACGAGUUCGCUUCAUGGGUGGGACGAACAAAGAAAAAGGAUAUAUAUGUUAUAUCCACCCCAAAACGCCCAGUACCCCUGGAACACUAUCUCUGGGCCAACAAGGCGAUGCACAAGAUUGUCACCGCAGACAAGAAGUUCGUUGAAAGCGGCUGGAAGGAUGCAAACGAUGCGCUUUCUGGCAGAGACAAAGUUAAAGCCCCCCCGGCUAAGGACGAAGCACCUGGUGGAAGAAGUAGUAACCGAGGAAGAGCCGGCCCUGCUGGAAACGGACGAACCAGGGGCCAGCAAGGAACUCAGCGAGGCGGCACUCCGCGAGGCGGUAGCCAACAGCUACAGAGAGGACGAGGCAACAUCGCCAGGACGGGCCGCGGUGGGGGCAGGACUACAGCUGCUCAGGAUCGAAAUAUCUGGGUUCAUCUUGUCCAGCACCUCCGCAAUAAGGACCUCCUUCCGGCCUGUAUUUUCGUCUUUUCAAAGAAGCGAUGCGAAGAGAACGCGAACGCUCUUUCGAAUCUUGAUUUCUGCACUGCUGCCGAGAAGAGCGCCAUUCACAUGACAAUUGAAAAAUCAAUUGCUCGACUAACUCCGGAAGAUAGAGAACUCCCCCAAAUUCGACGCUUGAGGGAAUUGCUCAGCCGCGGUAUCGCAGUUCAUCAUGGCGGCAUGCUACCCAUCGUCAAAGAAGUAGUUGAGAUCUUGUUUGCAAAGACUUUAGUAAAAGUGUUGUUUGCCACGGAAACAUUCGCCAUGGGCCUCAACCUCCCAACGAGGACUGUAGUAUUUUCCGGUUUCCGUAAACAUGAUGGGCGCAGCUUCCGAGACCUCCUCCCUGGCGAAUAUACUCAAAUGGCUGGCAGAGCUGGGCGAAGAGGGUUAGACCCCGUCGGUUCCGUCAUUAUCGUGACUCAGGGAGCAGAUGAAGCGCCGCAAGUGUCAAGACUCCGGCAAAUGAUUCUCGGAGAUCCCACAAAGUUAAGAUCACAAUUCAGGCUAACGUACAAUAUGAUGCUCAAUCUUCUUCGGGUAGAAGCGCUGAAGAUCGAGGAGAUGAUAAAACGAAGCUUUAGCGAGAACGCAACACAGGCCCUGCUUCCGGAACACGAGAAGAAGGUCAAACUGUCUGAAGAUGACCUCGAGAAGGUGAAGCGCGAGUCCUGCAAAACUUGCGACGUUGACCUUGAAUUGUGCCAUCAAGCUUGCAUGAACUAUCAGCGAUUGACUAACGAGUUGCAUUUGGGACUGCUUACCAAUCCAGUCGGGAGGCGAGUCCUCGGUCCAAAGCGCUUGGUAGUCUACAAAAAGGAUGGCUUGAGGACAAUUGGGAUGUUACUACAAGAAGGCACCAGCAAAGGGAAUGAGCCCACGGUCAAAAUCCUCGAGAUUUGCCAGAACCGUCAGAGGAAAGCUGACGACCUCUUGCCAUAUCUUGCUCCGUUUGCAAUGUUCUUCAGGCACUUACCUACGAAUGAAAAGGAAUGGAUUCUUAAACCAGCUCUUAUUCCUUUAAAUGACAUUGAGUGUUUUACAAGGACCAUCAUCGACAUCCCAGAGCACAUCCAGAACUUGAACAAGAGAAAAGAAGCUCUCGACCUUGCUAGAGACCAAUUCAUACCACUUUGCAAGUCAUGGGACUACAAUGAUUGGGAUGAGUACGAUUGGGGUAGAAUCAAGACCCUCGCUUUCCGAGAACUUGAUGAGGCACGGCGGAGGGAAGGAGAGGUCGCGACGCGUCGGGAGUGCUUGAAGUGCCCUGAUUUCUUAAAGCACUUUGCGAUGGAACAUGAUGAAUGGAUCAUCAAGGAAAACAUUCUGCAGCUUCGGCAGCUCAUGUCGGAUCAGAACCUUCAACUACUACCCGACUAUGAGCAGAGAAUAUCUGUACUAAAAGAUCUCGGCUUCGUUGAUGAGAGCAGUAGGGUAGAGCUCAAGGGCAAAGUUGCUUGCGAGAUUCACUCGGCUGAUGAGCUCGUGCUAACCGAACUGAUCUUAGAAAACGUCCUCGCAGAGUACGCUCCCGAAGAGAUCGUUGCAUUACUCUCAGCUUUCGUAUUUCAAGAGAAGACAGACAUUGAACCAAGUCUCACAGCAAGUCUUGAACGCGGCAUGGCCAAAAUAGUCGAGAUUUCAGAAAAAGUCAAUCACCUCCAAACAGUUCAUCAGGUCAUUCUCUCCUCAGACGACUCCAACGAUUUUGUCAGCAAACCGCGUUUCGGAAUGGUGGAGGUGGUGUAUGAAUGGGCGAGGGGCAUGUCGUUCAAUCGCAUCACGGACUUGACCGACGUCAUGGAAGGCACCAUUGUCCGGAUCAUCACCCGCCUAGACGAAACAUGUAGAGAGGUUAAGAAUGCGGCUCGAAUCAUUGGCGACCCAACUUUGUUCCAGAAGAUGGGGACAUGCCAGGAGCUAAUUAAACGGGACAUCUGUAAUUGCGCAAGCUUAUACCUGUAG